AUGGCUGAAGAUGGCUCCAACGCUGACACUGAUUACUUCACCCAGUCUGAGACUUCUCCCAAGCACGGCGAGGCUGCGAUGACUGAGCUGAUGCUGAGUGAGGCAGUCGACAGUGCUCAAGGCCCGCUGUCUGAGAACGACAGCCCUAGUAUCGACUCCAUGGCUGUCCACAUCGGAGGCACCAGACCCCUGGAGAAGCCAAACUUCAUCAACCAAACCGCCAAGAAAGCCGUCGACACCUCGCUCGGCAUCGGUUCUGCUGUUCAGGAUGACGGACCUGACAGAGCUCUCCAGGAAGCGACCAAUAAGUUGAAGGACGUCGAGCUCGACCAGAAGAAGCAGGCGGCUGAGCAGACUGGCGGCAGUACUGUGACCCCCAACCCUACUCCUGCGAAGUCCGCCUCAGCACACACCGGUGUCGAAGUCUUUCCCAUGUCGCCUGACAACACAGAACCUCCUGAGUCCUCCGGCAUCGUUUCAUCUCCCACCCAGGACGUUUUGAAGGGUGCAAGCGUUCCGGGCACUCGUCGCACUUCCAAUGCAGGCUCAACCUCGACCUCGUACAACCAUGCGGCCCUCGCUCGUAUGCCACCUCUUCGUCGCAUGUCUACUGCCGACUCUGCUGUGACGGCUUCCAGCCGCCUGCCUCUCGAGCGCGAGCUGAGCAAUACCUUUGGCUCUGUCGACGAUGUUACUGUCUAUUCUGAGGCGACUAAGAUGCGCUUCACCGAAGACGAUCGUCGGCUCGAGGCCUUCGUCAACCAGAACGAGCGCGAAGGCUUCGUCAAGCAGCCCGCUGACAACAUCCCCACCGAACUUGACGAGAAGCUGAAGCAUGGGGCGUACUCAUUCUCGUGUUCGUUCGGAUGGGUUGGAGACGAGGAAGUCGAUCUCGAGGAGACUCCUCUCAGUCGCGAGUCGUACAUUGAGAAGCUCGACGACGCCAAAGAUGGCAUCCGCUUUGUCGUUCGCGCAGUCAUCAAUUACCAGUCCGAGAUCAACUCGCGUGGUCACCACAAGUUUAAGGCCCAGUUUCUGAGUCACCAGAACCAGGCCUGCAUUGUCGUUCUCGAGCAGCUUGAUGAGAUUGAAGCCCACCUCAACGAUGUCAUCCAGGAGAUUCAGGCUUUCGGCGAGGACGAUGUUGAGCUGAAGGACGAGCUUAAACUUGCAUACACUCACGCUCUCCCCUGGAUUCAGCGGACUCGUCGUCUGAUCUGCGAGGCUCAUGUCUUCUACAAGCUCAACUAUGUGCUUGGUCGUCAGCAGAAGACCACCAAGGCCAAGCGAGCUUUGCCGACCAUCCCAGCUGGCCGCCCUGUUCCUAACUCCUCGCUUGAGCGCAAGUGA